CGCACAGCUUGUUCGACGACGCGACUCGCGACUCGCAACUUAUUGGACGCACCGAAACAUCGCAAGAAUACACUGCGAUAGCUGCGACCGCACUCGCCUGCAAUUUGGUCUCGCUCGCGCACGAAUUGGGCAAGCCACUGCAGUGUCACAAGCUAGCGCUGGACAUAUCACGCGCACGCAUCGCGACAAGCCGCUGCAUUGUCACAAGCAGCAUCGGCACGUCACGCCACGACGCCACGGAUUGUGACAAGUCGCCGCAUAAGCAUUCAUAAGAUGUAUGCCUACAGCGUCAUCGCGCUGCUGCACGCAGCGAGCGCCAUGACCUCGACGCUGCCGCCCACGACGACGACGCCGGUGCCACAGACGACGCCACACAUACUCACGUCCGCGGAGAUCGUGCGGCGCGCGCCCUCGAAAGGAAACGAUCGAAGACCCGUCGUCGUGCUCCACGGCCUGUUAGGACAGAAGCGAAACUUUCGAUCGUGGUGCGCCGCCCUCGCAGAAGCGGUACACCACAAGCGUAGGAUAGUCACGCUCGACUUGCGAGGCCACGGCGACAGCCCGCACGGCCCGUUAGAGUACCCGAGCAUGGCUUCGGACGUCCUCGCGACGCUCGAAUCACUCCAAAUCCAAGAAUGCUGCCUCGUCGGGCAUAGCAUGGGCGGGAAGGUCGCCAUGGCGUGCGCCUUGAGGGCUCCUGCGCUAGUGAAGGAGUUAUGUGUAUUGGAUAUGGCGCCAGCUUCUUACAGUACGGCGGACGGCUCGAACUGGAAGAAGAACCGCGAGCUCAUCGACGCUUUACAAAACUUGGAUCUGGACGCGUGUGCGGGUGAUCGGAAGCGCGCCGAUUCCUUGCUGGCGCAGCGGGUGCUCGACCCGAACCUACGGGCGUUUGCUCUGACGAACCUGCAACUCCGCGACGAACAGCUGAGCUGGCAGUUCGACCUCGAUGGCAUCGUGCGCGAUCUGGACAACAUCGCGCGCUGGCCCACUCUACCUGGCACUUACAACGGUGAUACAUUAUUCGUGAAGGGCCAACGAUCGCGCUACGUGCGGUCCAUACACCUCCAGGAGAUCAGUUCAAAAUUCCCUCGGUUUACAUUACAAUCGAUCGACGACUGCGGCCACUGGGUCCACGCGGAGAAGCCGCAGGAGACUUGUGAUGUCGUGCGCGAGUUCCUCGACCGCGACGAAGUGGGGUAA